UCUUUUGAAAUUUUGUUUUGUCCAAUUUGCUUUUAUUGUCAACAAUUCGUUAAUUUAUUUGAUUGUCACCUUGAUUUCUCUCAAAUUGUUAUUAUGUCUUCUUGUGGAUCAUAUUCUUCUCUACCAGUGGCAUUAAUUAACGAUUAUAAUCUGGAUAAAUUAAAUGGAAAUUAUUAUCUUCAGCUUGUGUCGAUAAGAGAUAUUAGUGUUCCACAAUUUAAUUCUGAGAAUGAAUUUCUCCGAGUUGAUGAGGAGCCGGAAGAAGGUGAAGUCGAUGAGACAUUGAAGGGAAAUAAAAAGCCUGGAAUUAAAUUAACCCAAAAUAAGCCUGAGGCGAAAAAGAAAACAACCAGAAUGUUAUGUUUAAAUCUAAGUGAUGGUAAAAAUGUUGUUAAAGCGAUUGAAUAUCAACCAAUUCAUUCCCUUAAAACUGAUAUUCCCAUUGGAAGUAAAAUCUUAAUCAAAGGUCCAGUUGAUGUUAGUUUUAAAGUUUUACUACUUAAACCUGAUAAUAUUCAAGUAAUCUCACCGCCAUCUCCUGGAUUCAAGCCAACAAUUAGUAAAUCAUCACAAAAACCAUCCAUUGAUUCACUCGAGAAAAUGGAAUCACCAGAAUCUAAACCAUUUGUAAAACCUUUCCAAGUGUCACCUUGCUUUUCAAAUGGUAAUAUAAAAGGUGAUCCCGACAGGUCAAUCGUUGACCUUACCGAUACAAUUGUUGAUGAUCAAAUGAUUUUUGAUGAUCUGGAUGAUGAAAUACUCGAAUAAUUUAACUGAUUCUAUCAGUUAAAUCAUCAUUUAGUUGUUUACAAUUGAAUGAUCACCUUUUUGUUUAUGGGCAGUGAUGAUGAAUUUCAAUUGAUCAUCAUUGGUUAAUCAUAAGAAAAACCGAAUUGAUAAUCUUGCAAGAUUUUGUUGAAUUUAAAUACUAACAUAUAUUUACUUUAUAUUAACAAACUAAAAUGAUUCCAUGAUCUAUUAAAUCAUUUAUAAAGUGUUUUCUCUUGUAA